UCUUCUUUUUGUUUUUCAGAAUGAAUGAGAUGGGCCUUUCUCCCGCCGAGAACAAGGUUUACUUUGGACAGCUGCUCGGCAUGUGUGACCAGAUUAGCUUCCCGCUAGGUCAAGCAGGUUUCCCGGUCUACAAGUACGUUCCAUAUGGCCCCGUCAACGAGGUCAUGCCGUAUCUGUCGCGCCGCGCUCAGGAGAACCGAGGCUUCAUGAAGGGAUCGCAGAGAGAGCGCAGCCUGCUGUGGACCGAGCUGAAACGCAGAGUGCUGGCUGGACAGAUUGUAUACAAACCUGUGUACUGAGUCACCUGACCACAACAUACUACCUGCAGGAUGUCUGUAAGCAUUCCACUGGCUAACGGCGCUUCAUAGAGGAAGAGUAAUGUGUUUCCCUGGCUGGUUAGGUUGCACAGUACCGAGGAAAGUUUUGCAGUUUUACUGAGAUUUAGUUUGCGAUGGAGAUUAUUUUUGCAUUUAGCAGUAUAUUUAUAUUUUAAAAAACAGUGCCAUAAUGAAACAUUGAUGUGAUGCUCUAUUUACAAGUGAUGAUUUAUUUGUGUCUAUUUGACUAGGAUAACUCUGAAUGACCUCAAAAAUGUAUGUAUGCCAACCAGAGGGGGGCUAAGUUUUUUUAAAUGGUAACAUUUUAAUGUCAGUCAGCGACUAUAACACUUGUACACUUCUCUGAGGGGAUUGUAAAUACCGUACUUAGCAUCUUUUAUUGAUAAUACGGUAUCUCAUUGUAUAACUUAACCACAAUUAAAGACUUAGUCUCUUAUUGUAAACUGUUCACCUUUAUCUGCUCCAUUUUUAGAGGAUCAAUAACACCUAUUGUGCUUUAAUACUGGACAUGGGUACGAUGGUUAUGAUUUCAUAUUUGUCUGAACUCAACAGCGCCAACAGCGGCAGAUAUUCAAAGAAGAAAAAUAUAAAAGUUUGUGCUCUUUGUUCCAAAAACAAGCCUCAAUAACAUCUGUCAGGCCCAAACUGUCAGACAUGUUGCAUUAUGUGCAUUGGAGGGGAAACUGCCUGUAAGUAUAUUUGUUUUUGUUGUAAUUCAAAAGAAAUGGUUGUGUAAAUAUA